AUCACAGUAUGAAUUGGUCUGAAGAUAAGAAAUAGAAUAAAUCCUCUCUCACAGACAGGACUGAAUCUCUGCUUUCCUAGAGGCAUACACAGCUGAGAACAUGGCAUUUGACGGCACUUGGAAAGUAGACCGGAGUGAAAACUAUGACAAGUUCAUGGAGAAAAUGGGCAUCAAUGUGAUGAAGAGGAAGCUUGCAGCGCAUGACGGUUUGAAACUGACCAUUACGCAGGAUGGAAAUAAAUUCACAGUCCAUGAAUCAAGCAACUUUCGAAAGAUUGACAUUGUGUUUGAACUAGAUGUCAACUUUUCCUAUAGUCUAGCAGAUGGAACCGAACUCAGUGGCACCUGGAGCAUGGAGGGAAAUAAACUUGUUGGAAAAUUUACACGUGUAGACAACGGAAAGGAGCUGCUUGCUGUCCGAGAGGUUUCUGGGAGUGAACUAAUUCAAACCUACACAUAUGAAGGAGUUGAAGCAAAGCGGUUCUUUAAGAAGGAAUAAGCAAACUUCUUGGAGCCCAGAGCAACACUGAAGAGCUAAACUAAUGUCAGGUUUCUUUCUCUGUCGUGCUAGUGCCAGACUCAUUCAUCAUUUUAUGAGAAC